UGUUCCUUACAAUGGCAACUGGCCUACCACCACGAUGGAAAUGGGAAUGGGAUUUCAGGAUCGAAAUUUUCGCUGAUUUCUGCGAUUUUAUCGGGGGCUCGAAUCCGAGAGGUGAUUGAUAAGUACAGCACAGAAGCCGAUAAUGUGCAUGUCCUCGGCCAUCACGUGUUUGCUCAACUGCUACAGCACGUUAGCAAAGCCUCUUGGAACAAGUUUCAAGAUAAUGCCUACUGGUGGUGGCUGAUCAUGUCCACCAACGGGAAUAUGGAAAUGACGAGGUAAAACGUUGGCUCAAACAUACAUCGUGGAACCAGCAGUAAAAAAGUGAGCAUCUGGUGGUAUGUGCAGACAUCUACAUUCGUUCCCACGCCAUCAUUCUCCCACUUGGCCGAUGGCAACUCAGUGCAGGGUAACCUGAGUCACCUGGUAAAAAGCGCCAAGAGUGGCUAUGAAAUUCGAUGUGUGACUGCUAAGAAGUAUGCCUUUCCGCUUCAAAAUGUCGCGAUUAAUAGCCAGGGUGUCAGCUUCGUCUCAGGGCAAAAUGUCGACUCCAUAAGCAUCAAAACGAAUGGUAAUUUGAUACAAUUUCAGAGUAACGUGUACUGGUGGUUUAGUGUAGUAACAACACGUGGAUUGCGCGACAUGUCACGUUGGACCGUUGGAAUCCAUCAGUCACGAGGUCACAACCAGGACACAGUGGCAAAUGAAUGGUUUGUAGACGAAUGCUGGAAGGAAGUCUUCACCGACGAUAGCAAAGGUGCAUCCCUCUCAGGAUCGCGCCAGGCUCUAACAUCGGCUCUCAUGGCUGGUCAUCGUGUCCGUUUCCAGAUACCAAAAUGGAAUUACUACACAGCAGAAGCUGACAAUCUGUCCUUACGAAAUUCUCAUGUGACAGCCCAGGCACUUAAACAUAUAAGCAGGAAAGGACUGACUGGGUUCCAAGAUGACGCAUACUGGUACUGGCUAAUGGUUUCCACCACUGGAACCGUCCGUGCCACCAGAUACAACGUUGGAGAACAUAAGCAUCGCGGAGAUUCUACGUACAAGCUGGCUGUGAAGUGGUUCGUUGACACCAGGUCUUGGAAACACGUCUUGUCAAACGGUCCAACUGGUGACAUCCUUGGCGGAGACCGAAGUGAUCUCGUGCAGGCAGUCAGAGAUGGAACAGCUGUACGCUGUGUGCAAGGAAAUGAAUGUCGGGGCUACGUGUACAAUGCUCAAAACCUAGCUGUGUCCCCAGAUGGAAACCACGUGGCUGCUCAAGCUCUCAAUCACGUCAGCAUGCGGUCAGCACCCGAUCCAGACGAAGUUAUGAUAAGCCCUAACGCUUACUGGUGGUUUACAAUUGUGUCUACAACUGGCUGGAGGGAGAUGUCUCGCUGGACCGUUGGUGAGCAUGUGGAUCGCGGACAUACCUCCGACAAAAUUGGCCAGAAGUGGUUUGUCAACCAUUGA